UUAGGACCAAAUGACAUUGUGAGGUGCUUCUGUUGUGGACAGCAGCUGGCAGGAUGGGAGCCAGGCGAUGAAGCCUGGGGUGAACAUGCAAAGCACUACUCAAACUGCUUCUUCAUCUUGGGCCACGAUGUGGGCAAUGUGCCUCUGACAACACCUAGGCCCAGGGUGAAUGGUCAGAGAGCCUUUUUGGAGACUUUUGAGGGGCGUCUUGAAAGCUUCAGAGGCAGACAGCAUCCCAUAGACCCUGAGAGACUGGCCAGAGCUGGUUUCUACAGCAGUGGAGAACAGGACCACGUGCUCUGCUUCAGAUGUGGAGGAGGACUGAAGGGGUGGAGGCCUGAUGAAGACCCUUGGGAGCAGCAUGCCAGGCACUAUCCAGGGAAUGUUACGUUUGUUUCUUACAUAUUUUCUACAGAGGACCCCAUGACGAAACUUGAGAAACUCCAGAGGGAGAAACUCUGUAAAGUCUGCAUGGACAGUGACAUUAACAUUGUCUUCAUUCCCUGUGGACACCUGGUCACCUGUCAGAAAUGCUCAGAACCCCUGAACAAGUGUCCCAUCUGCUGUGCCGCCAUCAUGCAGAAGAUCAAGAUCUACAAUGCCUAAAAGACAAAGAAACCAACACUCCAAAAAAAAAAAUGCUGAUGCUUAUUGAAAGUGGCAGAAUGUAAUCAUUCCUAAAAUUGCACAUAGAUGUGUAAAAUUUAAGCUGUGUAUAUAUAUGUAGACAUGUAGAUGUACUAAGCUAUGAUAAAAUUACAGUAUAUUGUUUUAUUUUUUCAUUAAGAUUUCAAAAUAACAAGCUGUACAUAGAUGUGUUUGGUUUUGAUCAAGGCAGGGACACACUACGUAAUUUAGAAUACUACGUAUUGCAGAAUACGACAUCUUGAAUCCUUUUAGCUGCUUUCCCCAAAUACAGUCUCAGAUUCAUGUUAAUCACCAUAGUGCCUUUAUGUAGACUACUUUUUAUGAACAUUUGUCAUUGUUUAAUAUUUUGACAAUCAUGUUUUACUCCUUAUAUUUGAUCUAAUUUAUUUAUUAUAAAAUAAUUGCUUGACUUUUAAUCAAGGUUAAUUUAAACUUCACCAGUCCAAAUUAGUUUUUCUUCUGAUACUUUUGCUGUUGUUGUAAUUCCUUUUAAUAAUUUUUUUUUCAUCC